ACUCGCAUUCCUUCAACUGGAGACUACCAGGCGAUCUACAUAGCAAGCAACAUAGAAGUCUAAUCACAUUUAGACGGCAUUCUGACGGCUCUGUAAAAUUGAAUAGUCGUUUAUUGAAACGAUGGGGGUCGGAAAUUCUAUUGGUUCGAUAUCUUGAUGUUAACGGAUACUCAAGUAUUCCCCGGCUUGCUCUCAAGAACUGCGCAAGAUUAGUAAGCUAGCUGUCUAGAACUUUAGCUAGCCCUAAUUGCCUCUAGAUUUGCUAUUUGCAGAUGUUGUUCAGUUGCAAAGUUACACUUCAGCUCUAUAAUGAAAGCUAACUUUGCAAAAGAAACCAGACUGUACAUUAAGCAUAAAAUUGUAUUGUUCGUCUUAUAACCCAUAGUAUUAAGGACAGCUUUGCAAGGAUACAUUCCUACUCCAGCUCAGCGUCCUACCAGUUGCCACAGCGUCACUACCAGACUGGUGUCAGAUACUUGUUACCAAGGUGCUGGUAGUGUCUAUUGGGAAGCGGAGCGUCCUUGGAGCGUCUUCAAUCAGCACAAGGGACAAACUUUAGGCAACAGCUAUGGCUGAAACCAUGGUGCCUGACUCUAAACGAUGCAAUUACUUCUUCCUGUAUGAUGGAUCUAAGGUCAAAGGAGAAGGUGAUCCUACAAGGGAUGGAAUUUGCUACUUCUCUCCCGAAGAGACGCCUUUGGACAAGCAGGAAAUGCUGUGUGGGCAGCUUGCAGGCGUGAGCCGCUGUGUCUCUGAGCUGUCGUCCUCUCCUGUUCGACUGCUUAGGCUUCGGCGGAGCAAGUUUGCCAUCCGCAUGAAAGAUGACUUUUUGUGGGCUCUAGGCUGCUCUGUGGACAUUCCUGAUGUCAGCAUCUGUGAAUUUCUAGAUCAGCUGAUCGAUCUGUUUUGCUUCUACAACGGACCAAUCCGACACAGCUAUCAGACCAACAGUCGAGACGUUCUCAAGGAGCGAUGGUCCAAAUACCUCUCCCAUCUGCAAGGGGGUUCCACAGAACUUGACCACAUCUUCAGCUGCCUGAAAACCAUUGAUUCUACACAUAUUGACCCACUUCUCCUACUGAAAGCUGCCCUUAUUCUUCAGGCCUGUCAACGCUGCCCCCUAGUGUUAGCAGGCUGUAUACUUUACCGUGGCAGAGUGGUCAGCACACAGAUGCCCCCUGAACUUACAGUGAAAGUUAUGGUACAUGAGACUGAAACAUACAACCAGGAUCAGACACCCAAUGGACUGAGCUCUUCUAGUUCCCCAGACAGUACUCCUGUGACUUCUACCACAGUGUUCCUUACAUCCGCUGAACUCCACUGCCUGCACUCUUCUCCUGUUAACAAAACAUCCAGUUCUCAAUCAACCCCAAAGGAAAUGAAUCGUCCCAGGAAGGCCCGUCUGUCGAGAACUCUGUCUGAUACGAUAUCAACUGAUCCCGAUGCUGUUUCAGACACCUUUCCCCAAAUAUCGUUUCAGACUGGGUCGUCAACCCCACCGUCCUCCAGAAGUAAUACAUUAUUAUUCAGCCCAAGUCCUUCCCUGAGCUCUGCUGACCCUAUCAGCCCUCUAGACUUCAAAACCCCUAAACAGUCUCCAGACCAUGCCUUUAAAAAUGGAAGGUUGCACGAUAUGGACGAGGGUGCUUUGGACUGUUCGUUUUAUUAUAGUUUUAACAGCAGCGAGGACAGGAAUGGCAAUUCAGCAAUCAUGAACCUUGCAGAUGACAAUGUAGCGGAGGGGAGUUUGGUGCGAGAUGAUGUGGCUCGUCACAAUGUUCACAAUAGUCCAGCCAUAGCUGGACGGAUUGGAACGGGAAGGCAAAUCUCCUCGAAACAGUUUGACAAGACUAAUGGUGGGGCCGACAGUCCUGGGGGCGGAGAGGAAGACUCAGAGGUGUUUAGGGAUAACAAAGACAGCCGGGAGAGAAAUUACAGUAAACGUGUCCAGGGGUGUGACACAGCUGGGGAACUUUCCAGUUCAUCUCCCGUGGAGAAGUCUUCCGAGUCCUCCCUGCUCCCCAUGGCUUUGUACCAGCACAGAGUACGAGGCCUUGUGUUGUCCCUGCUGGUGGAGCCUCGUUUCAACCAUGACUCUGAAGCCAUGAAGGAAGUGGUGAGGAAUUUGUAUCACAGCAGCCUGGCAUCUUUGAAUGGCCUUGAGGCUCAUCUUGGGACCGCUGAUCCCGCUGGCCCAGGCCCUCAGGGAUCCUACAGCUUUGCACACUUUGACUGCAUACAGAACACACUUACAACCAACCUGUCUGGUCGUCCGGGAGCAGCACAAGAGCGUUCCUUUGUGAGAGCCACAUCACUGCUCCACUCGCAUUUCUCUCACACUGAAACUCUGCAGGAGGCUAUUGUCAGAAGUGCAGGUGCAGCUGUGUAUGGGACUCGCAGUGCAGCCCAGGAAACCUACUUCUUACAACAAGGUGGAACGGUGAGAAACUCGGGAAUCCCCAACCAACAAGACAGUGCUUUCUCCCUGCCCACCAAAGCCCGACACAGAUUACUGAAACAUGGGGUUAACCUGCUCUGAGUGAGAAAUGUCUGGAGAAAUGGGGCCAUACUCUGCUCAAAACAUAUAAACAAACAAAAAAACGGUAUGCCAUAAUUGCACAGACAAACGUUUUGUAUGUAAACACUAAUGCAAGAAACUAAACAAAAUCUAGACCUCGCUGUAAUAUUAUGUGAGUGGAUUCGUUUGUUGUGAGUAUGUAGCCUACAUAUCAAGUGCCUUGUUGUGAUUUAAUAGUUGGGACAGGAUACUGUUUACAAGUACAGAAAGCUUUCUAGAUAAAACUAUGUAGUGAAACAUGACAGUGAAGUUUAGAUGGUCUAACAAUUAUUUUUUAAUAAACUAAAAGUAGACCUUGGGUUCACAAACACUUGGUUGUUUGUAUAUUACAUUUUGUGUAGGUUUAUUAAUGUUGUUUGUAUUCCUUCAUGUAAGGCUUCAUUUUUAUUAUCUGUAGUAAAGAUGCACAGGUUUAUUAUGUGGUAUAUAUUUUAUGGAAACUAUAAAAUCAGACAUGUAAUACAUUUCUGAAAAUGUUUCUGUUUGUAUGAAUUAUGCACUAAAUCUAUAAAUGUAGUCACAUUAUACCAAUCACAAGUUAUGUGCUCUGCAAAUGUAUUCCAACAAGUGUGAAUUAAUGAAUAAAAGUAUCUUGUAAAACCCA